AUGGCCUCGCUGACACAGUCCUUCUAUGAAGACUGGGCUAACUUACCUGAUCCCAUAUUGACACAGAUAUUUUCCUACCUGUCGGUGGUGGAAAGAUGCCGUGUGGGUGCCACUUGUAAGCACUGGCAGCAGUGUCUGGAGACGCCACAGCUCUGGAGAAGCUUUAACUGUGGAUUUUACCUCCCAGCUCAUGGGAAACUCUUCAGGUGUGUCGAACAGUAUGGCCACUUUAUCAGUAGGCUGACCAUAUUUCUAAACCAGAAAGAGGCUGAAAAUCGAAAAAAUGCUAUUGCCGUCUUGGAACAUUUGAGCAGUUUGGAGAAUAUCCAUCUGUCGUACUUGUCAAUUGUAUUUAAGGGGGAGAACCCCCUCUUUUAUGGUGGCCAUGAAUUUAUUUUAGCUUUACAAAAUCUGUUGAUCAAAAUUGGGGAGAAAAAAGAAAAAUCUACACUGAAGCAUUUGAAUCUCAGUGGCUUGUUAGCAAAUUUCAAUGAUGAUUUUAUUGACAGGAUUUCUGCAAAUUGCCCUAAUUUGGAAUAUUUGAAUAUUUUGAAUAAAAUUUUGGUGUGCAGUGUUUCUCCAUAUUGUAUUAUGAAUUUGGUCUUAAAAUGCAAGAAGCUUCAGGUGUUGCAUCUAUACCAUACCAGUUUGUCUGAUGAUGUUCUCAAAGCUUUGGCAGAACCUGGCAGGAAACCUUUGCAGAGACUGGGGGUAGUUUGCAGAAGACACGAAAAGUAUGGAGAUGAUCUUACUUCAGAGGCAUGGUCAGGUCUUCUUCACGCAAACCCAGGUUUAAAAGUCGAGUUGGGUUUUGACCAUACCUGCCCACUUCAUAGAAUCUCAGAAAUUAUGAAACCUGAAAUCCCCGUACAGGAACUCCACCUGGCCACAUUCACUCGCAUCUACCCAGAAAUCAACACGGCAGUGGCCUAUUAUGAACAUACGCUGGAGAAACUUGUUGUUCAAACCAGACCAUCGAGAGAGCUUCAAGAAUCCCUUUUGAAUGUAGCUCAGAGGUGCAAAAAACUUAAGGCCUUGUACGUCUACUGUGUCCUGGAGAAAGAAGUAAUUGAUCGGAUUUUGGAGCUAUGUCCUUUGAUGAGAGAAACGAGAAAUUACAUCCUUAAAUGGACGAUGGAUCCAGAGCCAUGGACUGUGGGAAAAGAAGAAGGCGACUGA